UCUCCAGGCAACCCCACCCCCACCCCCGGCCCGGGCCCCUGGAAGUCAGCAGAGCCCACACACACGUAUCACCUCUCCCGCCUGCCCUUCCACAGGGGUCAGAGCUGCUUAGGGACCCAUCCCUGGGAGCUCAGUUCCGAGUGCACCUGGUGAAGACGGUCAUCCUGACGCAGCCUGAGGCUGCUCCGAGUAUCACAGCCAACAUCACCGCAUCACUGCUGAGCGUCUGUGAGUGGAGCAGGACGGUCAACCCUGAGGAUGACACGGAUCCCGGCCAUGCUGACCUGGUCCUCUACAUCACCAGGUUUGACCUGGAAUUGCCUGAUGGGAACCGGCAGGUUCGGGGGGUCACCCAGCUGGGUGGCGUCUGCUCCCCCUCCUGGAGCUGCCUUAUCGUUGAGGAUACUGGCUUCGAUCUGGGGGUCACCAUCGCCCAUGAGAUCGGGCACAGCUUCGGCCUGGAGCACGACGGCGCGCCGGGCAGCGGCUGCGGGCCCACCGGCCACGUGAUGGCUUCCGACGGCGCCGCGCCCGCCCGCGGGGGCCCGGCGUGGUCCCCCUGCAGCCGCCGGCAGCUGCUGAGCCUGCUCAGCGCAGGACGGGCGCGCUGCCUGUGGGACCCGCCGGGGCCGCAGUCCCAGCCCGCGGGGCUCCACCCCGAGGCGCACCCCGGCCUGUACUAUGGCGCCGACGAGCAGUGCCGCGUCGCCUUCGGCCCGACGGCGGUCGCCUGCACCUUCCGCCGGGAGUACGUAGACAUGUGCCAGGCUCUCUCCUGCCACACAGACCCCCUGGACCAAAGCAGCUGUAGCCGCCUCCUUAUUCCUGUCCUGGAUGGGACAGAGUGUGGCGUGGGGAAGUGGUGCUCCAAGGGGCACUGCCGCUCCCUGGCGGAGCUGGCCCCCGUGGGGGCGGUGCAUGGGCACUGGUCUAGCUGGGGUCCGGCCAGUCCUUGCUCCCGCUCCUGCGGAGGAGGUGUGGUCACCAGGAGACGGCAGUGCAACAACCCCAGACCUGCCUUUGGGGGGCAUGCGUGCGUAGGUGCUGACCUCCAGGCCAAGAUGUGCAACAGCCAGGCCUGCGAGAAGACCCAGCUGGAGUUCAUGUCGGAGCAGUGCGCGCAGACCAACGGGGAGCCCCUGCGCCUCUCCCCGGGCAGCACCUCCUUCUACCGCUGGGGCACGGCUGAGCAGCACAGCCGAGGGGACGCUCUGUGUAGAUAUCUGUGCCGGGCCAUUGGCGAGAGCUUCAUUGUGAGGCGUGGGGACAGUUUCCUGGAUGGAACACGGUGUGUGCCAAGCAGCCCUCAGGAGGAUGGGACCCUGAGCCUGUGCGUGUCGGGCAGCUGCAAGACGUUUGGCUGUGACGGCAGGAUGGCCUCUGGGCAGGUGCGAGAUGUGUGCCAGGUGUGUGGCGGGGACAACAGCACGUGCCGUCCUCAGAACGGCUCUUUCACGGCCGGAAGAGCCAGAGAGUAUGUCACAUUCCUGGCCGUUGCCCCCAACCUGACCCACAUAUACAUCAUCAACCACAGGCCUCUCUUCACGCACCUGGCAGUGAAGAUCCGUGGGCGCUACGUCGUGGCCGGAAAUGCAAGCAUCUCUCCCAGCACCACCUACCCCUCCCUCCUGGAGGACAGCCACAUCCAGUACAAAGUGACCCUGACUGAGGACCGGCUGCCCCGCCUGGAGGAGAUCCGCAUCCAGGGCCCCACCCAGGACGACAUGGAGAUCCAGGUUUACAGGCGCUACGGUGAGGAGUACAGCAGCCUCGCCCGCCCGGACAUCACCUUCACCUACUUCCAGCCCAAGCGUCGGCCGGCCUGGGUGUGGGCUCCCGUGCGGGGGGCCUGCUCGGUGAGCUGUGGGGCAGGGCUGCGCUGGGUGACCCACAGCUGUCGGGACCAGGCAGCGAACGAGUGGGUGGAGGCUGCCUGGUGUGCAGGGAGCCGGCAGCCGGCGGCGUGGUCCGAGUCGUGUGCCUCCAUACCCUGUCCCCCGUCCUGGGCGGCCGGAGACUUCGGCCCAUGCAGUGCCUCCUGCGGAGGGGGCCUGCAGGAGCGGGUGGUGCGCUGCGUGGAGGCCCAGGGAGGCCUCCUGAGGACGGUGCCCCACUUCCGGUGCAGAGCGCUGGCUCAGCAGCCAGCGGCCGUGGAGACCUGCAAUCCCCAGCCCUGCCCCCGGAGGGAGAUGCCAGAUGCGUGCUCGUCGGCCUGUGGAACAGAUCCGGCCGUGCAGAACACGACGUGUGUGCAGGGGGCAGAUGGCAUGGGGGCGCCAGCAACUGCUGGGCCCUGCUCCGCAGACGAGAAGCCGCCUGCCCUUGAGCCCUGUAUCGAGGUGGCAUGUCCUCCGGGCUGGGGCCAUUCAGAUGCCCAGUCUCCAGGGGAGAAGGCUGCAUCCCCGGCGGGCAGUGCCAGGCCAGAGGCUUAUGCCGCACACGUGUGGACUCCCUUGGCGGGGCCGUGCUCCGUCUCCUGUGGUCAAGGCCUGAUGGAGCUGCGUUUCGUGUGCAUGGACUCUGCCCUCAGGACACCCGUCCGGGAAGAGCUGUGUGACCUGGCAGGCAAGCCUGGGAGCCGGCAGGAGGUCUGCCAGGCUGCCCCGUGCCCGGCUUGGUGGGAGACCCGAGCCUUGGCACCGUGCCCCGUGACCUGUGGAGGGGGGCAGGUGCCACUGGCUGUUCGCUGUGUGAGGAUGGACCAAGGCCGCGUUGUCUCCCUGCCUCAUUCCAAGUGCUGGCCGAUGCCUCGGCCCAGGCCCCUCGAGGACUGCAGCCCGGAGCCCUGCCCUGCCAGGUGGCGGUACCAGCUGGCGGCCUGCAGCGUGACCUGUGGGGGAGGAGUUGCGCAGAGGAUCCUGUACUGCGCCCGGGCCCACGGGGAGGACAAGGCCGAGGAGAUCCUGCCGGACACCCAGUGCCAGGGGCUGCCUCGCCCAGAGCAGCAGGAGGCCUGCAGCCCGGAGCCCUGCCCGCCCAGGUGGAAGGUCAUGUCCCUUGGCCCAUGUUCAGCCAGCUGUGGUCUCGGCACUGCCAUGCGCUUGGUGGCCUGUGUGCAGCUGGACCAAGGCCAGGACACAGAGGUGGACGGGGCGGCCUGUGUAGGUCUGGUGCGGCCGCAGGCCAGCAUCCCCUGCAUCAUCGCCGACUGCACCUACCGGUGGCACGUCAGCGCCUGGAUGCAGUGCUCUGUCUCGUGUGGGGAUGGCAUCCAGCGCCGGCACGACGCCUGCCUCGGACCCCAGGCCCAGGUGCCCGUGCCAGCCGACUUCUGCCAGCAUUUGCCCAAGCCGGUGACGGUGCGGGGCUGCUGGGCUGGGCCCUGUGCAGGGCAGGGGACGCCCAGCCCGGUGCCCCACGAGGAAUCCACUGCUCCUGGCCAGACCACAGCUGCCACUGCUUCCCCGCAGUGGCCCCAGCCCCAGGCCCGCCUCCUCUCCCCAGCUCCCCGGCCGCAAGGACUCCCGCCCGGGCCCCAGGAAAGCCCAGCAGAGUCCAGCGCCUGUGGCCGGCAGCACCUUGAGCCGACAGGAACCAUUGACAUGCGAGGCCCAGCGCGGGCGGACUGUGCAGUGGCCAUCGGGCGGCCCCUGGGUGAGGUGGUGACCCUCCGAGUCCUCGACAGUUCCCUCAACUGCAGUGCAGGGGAGAUGCUGCUGCUUUGGGGCAGGCUCACGUGGAGGAAGAUGUGCAGGAAGCUGCCCGGCCUGACUUUCAGCUCCAAAGCCAACACGCUGGUGGUGAGGCAGCAUCUCGUGCAGCUGCGAGGCGGAGUGCUGCUUCGGUAUUCGAGCCAGCCUGCCCCGGGAGCCUUCCACCGAGGUAUGGCGAGGCCGUGGAGCCUCCCCGCCUUCCCCAGAGGCUGGCUGGCUGGGUGCUGCUGCCAACGGGGCCAGUCCCGACGGGCCAGCGGGCAAGGCAGACAGGGAGCUGAGCUGACUGAGAAUGAAAAGCAGCGCCUUCCCGGACACCCCCCGACACCCCCAUCCCUGUAUGGGCGGUCAGGACGAGGUCCCGGAGGUGCACGGUGUUCCUUCCUCUCUGGGGCCCUGCGCGAGAUGGGCGGGCAUCCUCACCCCCUCCCUCAGGCCAUCGCGGGCCCCACACCCUGGCCCCGGCACUCAGGUCCUUCAGGAUCCUUUAAGGUCCUUCUGCGAGCCUCUUCCCCCAGUCCUGUUGGGUGCGCUGUCCUCCUGGCUCAUCCUCCGCCCAGCAGGGCGUGGGUGCACGUGCACACCUCGUGCGGAGGAUGGCGUCCCCGAGAGCCCUGCUAGCCCGUGGCCCCAUCCGUAUCCACGGAGAGCCGUCUAGGUUGCUUCAGGGGGCUUGCCCUCUUCCACAGCCCAAGCUUGCUGAAGGUGGCUUCCCCAGGGGUCCCCCCAGGCCGCAGGUGAGAAGUGGGACCCUGGGGGGCUUCUUCCUCUGCCCCUCAGUGUGCAGUGCAUAGGCACCAGCUCCUACCUGGUCAUCACUCCUCACUUCCCAGCCUCCCCACAUGCAGGCACCUGCUUUGAGGGAGGCCCAGGAGGCGCAGCCAGGAGGGGCUGCCCCGGUUGGGGCGGGUGCAGCAUGAAGAACUUUUGCACGUGUGACUUUGCUGAUUCCUCUUAAAGACUGCCCUGCCCAGUGUGUGCUGUCAUUCCGUUCGCUUUACAGAGGAAGGAACCGAAGCGCGGAGCGUUUAAAGCCUUCACCUAGGGUCACACAACUGGGAAGUGGUAGAGAUGGGGUUCGGUGGAGACUUCUGCCUGGGAGCCCCGAUCUUGACCGCAGUGCCACACUGAUCCCCCACUGCUCCCCGGCUGCCCUGCUGCCCUGGCCUCUGGCAAGAGUGGCCACUCUGGGGGACUCCUAUGUUCCGGAGGUGGUCCACACCCAGUCUGUACGCCUGCUCUCCCCCUGCAGGAUGUGACAUGCAGCUCUUUGGACCCCGGGGUGAAAUCGUGAGUCCAUCAUUGAGUCCGGAUGGGAGGAACAUGGGGGGCUGCCGAAUCUUCAUCGAUGUGGCCCCACAGGCCCGGAU